AUGUCGGACAAGUUCGACCAGGAGAACUGGUAUUCCAUCGCCGUUGACCGUGUCGAUCGCAACGGCCAGGCGCACAGACAGAAGCGAAAAUGCAAAAGUCAUAAGUCCUCAGCCGUUCGCGCGCGAUGCGGUGUAGACUGCGCCCGCAAGACGAGCCUUCUCGCUUGUCCAGUCGGAGCCGUCGGUUCUGGUCGUUUGCGAGCUUCGAGGUUUCUCUAUGCGCCUGUGCUAGCACCGAAGUAUAUCAAUCAUCACCAGUGCUGGCUCCAUGCGGACUUGGACAGUAUUGAAGGAUCACCGGAUGGAGCAUUUCAUCCUAAACGUAGCCUGGACUGCCCCUCCCAGGGGAAGUCUGGGAAGUCUGGGAAGCGCCGUCUUGGCUUUUACGUCGUGUGGAGCACCCCUGGCAAGAAUCAGAGAGGAUAA